AUGACUAAGAGGACGAAAAAGGCUGGUAUUGUUGGGAAGUAUGGUACCCGUUAUGGGGCUAGUCUGCGAAAGCAGAUUAAGAAGAUGGAGGUUAGUCAGCAUAGCAAGUACUUCUGUGAAUUUUGCGGAAAGUAUGCGGUGAAGAGAAAGGCAGUGGGUAUUUGGGGCUGCAAGGAUUGUGGCAAAGUCAAAGCAGGCGGAGCUUAUACAUUGAACACUGCUAGUGCUGUGACAGUUAGGAGCACCAUUCGGAGGCUGAGGGAGCAAACUGAGAGUUGA